UUUGUUUAAUGUUUUUCCAGAAGUUCACUCACUAUUAUAGCAAACCAGGUUCACCAAUGGCUAUGACAUCUGAGUUACCAGUAAAGUGUCAUUAUCGGCUGGCAAUGUAGCUGUCACAUCCACAGCGAUCCUAUUUAUGGGUGUGGGCAGCAGACCGGUCCAUUGUCUUCUGAUUUGUGCCCAUUCACAUUUUGUAAUACACAUUGCUGUUAAGUGCUCUUGCCUUACAGCGAGUACUGUUAUCUACGUGGUCAUUGUCAUAAGGGAUGAGGGGCGUUCUACAGACAGGUUUUGUUUUGAACUGACCUGGGACAUGUCUUGUUUGGCUGAAAAAUAUGUACCUAACUGAAGCGAUGUUCAGUGUUGAUGACAAGAGGUAGCUUGCACAAUCUCCUCAGGCUGUUUUGAUAGAUGUCCCCUAACUCUCAUCUCCAGAGCCUGGUCUAGAAGCAGUGGAUAUGGAUGAACAUUCUUGAGGGAGGGGUCCAGGACUCAGCUGCUAGGUUAAUGGCUGAUGGAAUUUGCACAAGAGCUGGGCAAAGGUGAAAGAGCCACGUCCUACUUCCAAACCCUUAUCCCUUCUCUCCGCUUCAUUGACACCCCCGACUCCCUCCCCACCCACGUAGCCAGCUUACUCCACCCAAACUCUUGAUCUCUUACUCCUUAUUCAACUAGCCUGGGGCAGCCAAGACGCAAUCAAGUCAGGGCAGCAUGAGCCGAUCACCUCUCCAUCCCAUUCCACUUCUAUCUGUGGGCUCCCAGGAUACCCCUGCUCCCCUGCCACCACUGCUACCCCCUCUCCAGAAUCCUUCCUCCCGUUCUUGGGCCUCUCGGGUGUGUGGGCCUUCCACCUGGGGGCUCAGCUGUCUUCUGGCUCUACAGCAUUUCCUGGUCUUGGCAUCUUUGCUCUGGGCCUCCCACCUGCUGCUGCUUCACGGUCUUCCCCCAGGAGGGCUCUCAUACCCACCUGCUCAGCUCCUGGCUUCCAGUUUCUUUUCAUGUGGCCUGUCUACGGUCCUGCAGACUUGGAUGGGCAGCAGGCUACCUCUAAUCCAGGCUCCGUCCCUAGAGUUUCUUAUCCCCGCACUGGUGCUGACAAACCAGAAGCUACCUCUAACGACCAAGACACCUGGAAAUGCCUCCCUCUCACUGCACCUGUGUAGUUUGACAAGAAGCUGCCAUGACCUGGAGCUCUGGAACACUUCUCUCCGAGAGGUGUCGGGGGCAGUGGUGGUGUCCGGGCUGCUGCAGGGCACUAUAGGACUUCUAGGGGUGCCUGGCCGUGUGUUCCCCUACUGUGGGCCACUGGUGCUGGCUCCCAGCCUGGUUGUGGCAGGGCUUUCUGCCCACAAGGAGGUGGCCCAGUUCUGUUCUGCUCACUGGGGCCUGGCCUUGCUGCUCAUCCUGCUCAUGGUGGUAUGCUCUCAGCACCUGGGUUCAUGCCAGGUACCCCUUUGCUCCUGGAGGCCAUCUUCAACUUCAACUCACAUUUAUAUUCCCGUCUUCCGACUCCUUUCGGUGCUUGCCCCUGUGGUCUGUGUGUGGCUCAUCUCUGCCUUUGUGGGUACGAGUGCUAUCCCUCUGCAGCUGUCUGAGCCCUCGGAUGCACCUUGGUUUUGGCUGCCACACCCAGGUGAGUGGGAAUGGCCCUUGCUGACACCCAGGGCCCUGGCUGCAGGCAUCUCCAUGGCUUUGGCAGCCUCCACCAGCUCAUUGGGUUGCUAUGCUCUGUGUGGCCAUCUGCUGCGUUUGUCUCCUCCGCCACCACAUGCCUGCAGUAGAGGGCUGAGCCUGGAGGGGCUGGGCAGUGUGCUGGCAGGGCUGCUGGGGAGCCCCCUGGGCACUGCAUCCAGCUUCCCCAAUGUAGGCACAGUGAGUCUUUUCCAGACUGGCUCUCGGAAAGUGGCCCACCUAGUGGGGUUGUUCUGCAUGGGGCUUGGGCUCUCCCCAAGGCUGGCUCAGCUAUUUACCAACAUCCCACUGCCUGUGCUUGGUGGGGUACUGGGAGUGACACAGGCUGUAGUUCUGUCUGCUGGAUUCUCCAGCUUUCACCUGGCUGACAUUGACUCUGGGCGAAAUGUCUUCAUCGUGGGCUUCUCCAUCUUCAUGGCCUUGCUUUUGCCAAGGUGGCUCAGGGAAGCCCCAAUCCUGCUCAACACAGGCUGGAGCCCCCUGGAUAUGUUUCUUCGUUCUUUGCUGGCAGAACCCAUUUUCUUAGCUGGUCUACUGGGCUUUCUCCUAGAAAACACUAUAUCUGGUACACGGGCUGAGAGAGGCUUAGGUCAGGGGCUGCCAACUUCUUUCACUGGCCAAGAAAUUCAAAUGCUUCAGCAAACCAGGAGGAAAGCUGCUCAAGAGUAUGGGCUUCCUUUACCCAUCAAAAACCUGUGUUCCUGCAUCCCACAGCCUCUCCACUGCCUCUGUCCAAUGCCUGAAGACUCUGGGGAUGAAGGAGGAUCCUCUAAAACAGGAGAGAGAGCCGACUUGUUGCCUAACUCUGGGGAAUCGUACUCCACAGCUAGCAGAGAAGGGGUUAGGUCCCAGUAAUCACCAAGACCACCAUUUUUGUCUUAGUUUAGCAGUAACUGCCACCUUGCUGGAGUCUCGCCUCCAAGGCUGUAUACUUUCUUCCAGUAGAGGUGGAUGUGGCCCACUUGCAAAAUGGGCUGCCUUUCCUCCUCUUAAUAAGACUUGAGUGUUCAGGAGCAGAGGCCAUGGUUUAGCGGGUCGGAACUGAAUAAAUGAGAUUUCUGCCUGUAAA